GUAAAAUGUCUUUGGUAAUAAUCAGUUGUUACUUUGUGAAUGCUGUGCUGGAUGUCAAACCACCACAGACGAGUUGUGACCCUGUGAGAGACGCUGGUUGCUGUCUGACGCACGUGAGAGAUCCGAUCAAUAGUGCAUCACUAUUGUGUUGGCAAGGGCUGUUUCUAUUUCACUUGUUGAUUAAUUAAAUCAAUCAGUGAUAGUUUUGAUGAUCAAUUAUGAGAAUGUGGAUUUUCAUGCAUCCCUUUUAAUAUCAUUUUAAAUGAAAACGUUUCGGAUUAUUGGCCAUAGAUCAAAGAAAGUAAGCAGACCUUGGCUCAACUUCUGGAUGACAUUUUGCACAUAAUGGAAAAUGAGAGGUGUUGGCCAGACAAUUUGAGCCCAAAUGUUAUCGGCUUAAAAGAAAAUGACUGUGUGCUUUUGUGUGGAUUUGAUGGCUUGCUCAAGGACACUACGGCAGGCUUAUUAGCCAGUGCAAGCAGCAUUAUGUAGUUCAAACCUAGUUGUGUUUUAAAGCAGAAAUAAGCAAUAACCAGACAUGUGAAGUGUCGACAGCAGAAUAAGUGCACAAUGGAUCAAAAGGCCUUUUUUUUUUCUUUUUUUUGUCAUUCGGUGCACCAUGGAUAAUGUUGCUAUUACCACUGAGUGACAUUACAUUCCAGUUGGCGAUGGUUUUCCUCUCUGUGUGUGAGAGUAUAGCAGCGGGCUGUACUCUGAAGCACCAGUGGGUGCUAUCUUGUCAUUUUCACUUCAUUGCUGGCUCUCAUCCCUCAUUUCCCUAAUGGUGAGUUAGGUUAGUGGAGACUCUCACGGUGGCACAGGCGAAAAAUGAGCGCAGUGGCGCACUAAUGCAGGCUCUUUGAUGAGGAAGUAAUGGAGUGUUCAGAGACAGACACCUGUGCCACUGCAGCCACCCUACCUCUCUCGAUACACACACCACACACACACACUUUUUUCCACUCGCUUCCUUUCAGCAGCUCCGCGGCUCCCCUUCCCUUCCUCUACUCCCCUCCCUCAUCUGUACUAAAGGAAGCCACUCCUCCUCUCACAGAGCUGCCAGCCUUGUUUGCAUAUUAACUGUUUGGUGGCCGAGGAGCAGUGGCUUCACGCCAUGUGACCGCUGAAGCGUGUGUUGACUGUUAUUUCUCUUUUCGUCUCUUUGCUUUUAAUUUUGACACACGUACACGGGCAAACCUGUUCAGUUGAGGACAAAUGUUUUGUCACCACUAACAGCCACUUAUUUCUGUGUUUUAAGUGAUAUGUGAUUCAGACUUUGUCAUUUUUCCACCUUUACAGUAGAAAGGCCAUUCUGCUGUGUUGGAGGUGCAAUAGGUUGUAUAGUUGCGUAGGCAGUUGCGGUAAUGCAGGACACAGUUUUGUCGUCCGUUUAUUCUUUUUUUUUUUCCAUCUGUGCUCACCUGUAUUUGAGUUAACACCCAUUGCCGUUUGAUGUGUUUGUAGUCAAAGCUGACCCCCCCGGUGCUGUGCCCUGGGGGGCAUUAUCUGACAGUGGAUUUGUUUAGCUUGGAUAGGACACUAUUGCGCCGCUUUCGGUAAGUGUGUGGUCUGAUGUAAAGUCCAAACUCCAAGGCCUGGCAUGACAGCUGGAUUUGAUGCCUGCUGCUGCUCCAAACUCUUGGAAAUGACAGUCAUUUGUUUUUGCGCACACAGCAGUCCUCUCCGUCUCUAAAGGAGAUAUAAAUCCGUAAAACCACAGAGAUAUAGCAAGAGAACUUCCACUGUUCUACCAGUGUGUCAUCUCACCGAUCUUAUAACCUCCCCCCUCUCUACUCGCACAAACAUUGACUCACACGUACACAUUUUAAAUAAGGCUGUCCACACCAUUCCAGUUGGUCAGUUGCAUAUAACUUUAUUUAGGUUCAACAUGCAAUGUAAAGCCAUAUUGUGUUGCUUGCCCACAUAUUCACACCAUACUUUAAUAAAAUCACAACAAAGUAGUGUAGUUUGCGAUCGGCUGAGAGGGAUCAGAAUGCAACAAUAUUAGUCAGAGAAAAAUACAAAAUGUUUUUAUUGGACAAACAAUCACAUCUAAGUUCCUACCUUGAAGACAGGCUCUUGUCGUAUAUAUGUGACGAGAUAUAUUUGUUUUUAAGAUUUGACUUGAUGUCUUGAGUCAAUAGCCUAGUAACCUUAACCUGUUUGUAGAUGGUGUUUCAAAGACGUGAUGUCAACAGGCAGACCUCUCCCUAGCUCCAGGUGCGGGGCCGGUAGUCCCGGUAGCACGCAUGUCUCAAUGCGUGCAGCUGCAUGGAAAGGGAACAGGGUGUUGGCCGGGAAAGACGCCUGUUUAGCUGAUCUCGCACAGUAAAUAAAGAUUUAACAGCUGACAAGGUUAUGUCAGAAACUCAGGCCUGACCCAGUGUGCACUGUACCUGGCUUUGGGCCCGCUCUGCAUAAUUCCCAAUACCAUGUGCCUGCCGGUGCACAUGUCCCCUGCAUCACGCUGUCAGGAGUCCCCUGAAAGGCUGGCUUGCUCCUCCUAGAUCUGUUCUGGCGCUCAGGAAGAGCUGCAUGUCUUGGACACAUCCCAGUUUCCUCUCUUGGAUUUAUUUCCCCCCUAAGAGUCAUAGCAGGGUGACCAGGCCUUGACCUCACCACUGGAGACGCAGUGCGGUGUAGGCUGCAUGUUCCUGGUUUGGUUGGGGAGUAUUAUGUCUGCUUUAUACUGUGUUCAUUUCUUAAUGGUUGCAUUUGUGUGUGCAGUCUGUAUUAAGAAUGCAUUUUCAUCCUUUGGGGUAAUUUUUUCCUUCUGUUUGUUCAUCUAGAGUUUCUGUAUGCUGUUCCAUAAAUAAAUCAGCGUGUCAUUGGCAGUAACUUACAUGGGGACUAAAAAAAGCCACGAUGUUGACAAUCUGUGGUGUGGGCGAAAUCCAGUACUUUGGGGGUUAAGUUGUGAAAGUUAAUGUAAUAACUGCUAGCACCAUCUGCUGGCCUACUUCCUUACAAAGAGAGAGAGAGAGAGAGGGAGCGUGUGAGUGAGAGAGAGAGAGAGAGAGAGAGAGAGAGAGAAAAACGAGUCUGGGUUUUAACGACAUCUCUAAUAUUCAUGCUGAUGCAUUUUGCUGCUUUGUGCUUUCAUUUUCCGCUGCUCUGCCUGCCAGAGUGUCGAGCCCACCAUACACGCCCCAGCCAGGGAGAGGUGAGGGCAGCGAGGGAGAACGAGGAAAAAGACAAGUGGGUGGGAAAUAAGGAGGAAAAAACAACCGGCCAAACAAGCAAGCAAGCUGACACAAAAGCCCUUUUGUGUGUAAUAAAAGGAGUAACCUACCUUAUCCUGGCCGGUGAAGGACACGAGAGGCGCAAAAAGGGAAACGGCAAAGCGGAAAGAGCAAGAGAGAACGAGAAAUAAGAGGGACAAGGGCUCAGAGAGUCUCAGGGAGGCAUAGAGAGCGUGUACGAAAGGCAGGCGGAAAGAGGAAUCAAUGAGAGGGGAGGAGAGAGGAGCCAGGGGAAGGCAACUCUGACACACACGCACGGCGAGAGAGCGAGGGAGACUUGGGUGAAGCCGGACGACGGCAAAGCAGCACGCAGCAGCAGAAUGAGAGCUUCCUGGACUGCCACGCACCUCCUCUACCGCCCACAGCGCUGCUCCCUCAUCACCCUGUGAAGAGACAAACGAGGGUGAGAGAGAGAGGGAGAGGGGGAGAGAGAGAGAGAGAGAGAGAGAGCUCCCAUGCGCUCCUCUUGAGCCCUGCCUGCUGGGGGAGGAGGAGACGAGCGGCUCCAGAGCUCUCGCACUGCCUGAGGAGAAGAAGAGCUGACCGGGGAGGAGGAGGGGAGGCAAACUAGGAGAGAGGGAGGGGAGGGGGGGACUCGCAGCUCAAGGAAGAGUGAGAGAAAAACGACUGUUGAAAGGGGAAGAGUGUGUGUUUGUGAGAGAAAGCGUGAGCGAGCAACGGAGAGAGUAAAAACCCGGCGAAAGGGCAAGGCUUUUGUCAGCCGGUUGGAGAGGGGGAGGAAAGAGGAAGAAAAAAACCCAACCAUGUCUACAGUGAAGAGGCCAAGAGGAAGGCCUCGAAAGAACGCUAAUGGUCCCGGUAGCCAGGUACGGGUCCUCAGUCCCCCAGUGAAGAGCAGCUCAUCGUCGUCCUCCUCUUCCUCAUCGUCUUCAUCCUCAUCCAGCUCCUCAUCGGAGAAGAGGACGCCACGGAGGACACAUCAUCAGAUGGAGGCAGCUACACUGGACAAGCAGGAAAAGGCCAAUAGGAUAAUAUCGGAGGCUAUUGCUAAGGCCCGGCAGCGCGGGGAAAAGAACAUCCCCAGAGUGAUGAGUCCGGAGAGUUUCCCCAGCUCUUCCUCGCAGCACAAGCACCGUAACCGCGAGCACAAAGGAAAUGGCAAGGCACGGCUGAAAGAGAAGGCCUGUAGGAAGGCCUGUAUUGUACCCUCCUCCAAACCCAAUAGGAAGGCAAAGAUCGGGAAAAUUGUGAUCAAGAUUGGGAAGAAGAAGAAGCGAAAGCCGGAGUCUUCAGAGGAGUCAGAUGAUGACCCCCCUCCUCGACACGCUGCUAAAGAUGACUCUAAGAGGCGAUCCAAUCGGCAGGUGAAGAGAAAGAAAUACGCUGAAGAGCUGGAGGCCAGGUUGUCGGAUGACGAGGUUAAGGUUAUUGUCAAGGCCAAGAAAGCCAACACUGCAGCAUCCAAACAGCCUGCUGUUCAACUCUUUGUCGAGAAUCCCAGUGAAGAGGAUGCUGCGGUUGUUGACAAAAUCAUGUCUUCUCGUAUCGUCAAGAAUGAGGUCUCUCCAGGAGUGGUGGUCGAAGGAGAGGAGUAUUUUGUAAAAUACAAAAACUACUCCUACCUACACUGUGAGUGGGCCACGGAGCAGCAGCUGGUGAAGGACAAGAGGAUUCAGCAGAAGAUCAAACGUUUCAAGAUGAAACAAGCACAGAGGGCGCUCUUCUUUGCAGAUAUGGAAGAGGACCCCUUUAACCCGGACUAUGUAGAGGUAGACAGAGUGCUGGAGGUGUCGUAUUGUGAGGACAAAGACACGGGAGAGGAGGUGGUGUACUACCUGGUGAAGUGGUGCUCGCUGCCUUAUGAGGACAGCACCUGGGAGCUAAAGGAUGACGUCGAUCAGAGCAAGAUUGAAGAGUUUGAGCAGCUGCAGGCAGUCAAGCCAGACUCGCGUAGGGUGGAUCGGCCCCCAGCCAAUCUGUGGAAGAAGAGGGAACAUUCGAGGGAAUACAUCAAUGGCAACAGCCUCAGGGACUACCAGCUAGAAGGGGUCAACUGGCUCCUUUUCAACUGGUACAACAGACGGAACUGCAUCCUGGCAGACGAGAUGGGCCUCGGAAAGACCAUCCAGUCCAUCACAUUCCUAGAGGAGAUCCUUCGUGUGGGCAUUAAAGGGCCAUUCCUCAUCAUUGCUCCGCUCUCCACUAUUGCCAACUGGGAGCGCGAGUUCCAUACUUGGACCAAUCUCAAUGUCAUCGUCUACCAUGGAAGCAUGGUCAGCAGGCAGAUGCUCCAACAAUAUGAGAUGUAUUUCAGGGAUGCACAGGGCCGUGUGAUGCGAGGUUGCUACAAGUUCCACGCCGUCAUCACCACGUUUGAGAUGAUCCUGGGAGGCUGUCCUGAACUCAACGCCAUCGAGUGGCGCUGCGUUAUCAUCGAUGAGGCCCACCGCCUCAAGAACAAGAACUGCAAGCUGCUAGAGGGCUUCAAGCUCAUGAACCUGGAGCACAAGGCCCUGCUGACGGGUACUCCUCUCCAGAACACAGUGGAGGAGCUCUUCAGCCUGCUCCACUUCCUGGAGCCAGCACGUUUCCCCUCAGAAAGCACCUUCAUGCAGGAAUUUGGAGACCUCAAGACUGAGGAGCAGGUACAGAAGCUUCAGGGUAUCCUGAAGCCCAUGAUGCUGCGUCGGCUGAAGGAGGACGUGGAGAAGAAGUUGGCUCCUAAAGAGGAAACCAUCAUCGAGGUUGAGCUGACCAACAUUCAGAAGAAAUACUACCGCGCCAUCAUAGAGAGGAACUUCUCUUUCCUGGCUAAAGGAGCUGGCCAAGCAAAUAUGCCCAACCUGGUCAAUACCAUGAUGGAGCUGAGAAAGUGCUGCAAUCACCCCUACCUCAUCAAAGGAGCAGAGGAGAAGAUCCUAGAGGACUUCAGGGAGGUGUAUAGCCCCACUGCAAUGGACUUUCACCUGCGAGCUAUGGUGCAGUCUGCCGGGAAGCUGGUCCUUAUUGACAAACUGCUGCCCAAGAUGAAGGCCGGAGGGCACAGGGUGCUCAUCUUCUCCCAGAUGGUGCGCUGCCUUGACAUCUUGGAAGACUACCUCAUUCAGAGAAGGUACUUGUACGAACGAAUAGAUGGACGUGUUCGUGGGAACUUGCGGCAGGCAGCUAUCGACCGCUUCAGUAAGCCCGACUCGGAGCGCUUUGUUUUCCUUCUGUGCACAAGAGCUGGUGGCCUGGGAAUCAACCUCACAGCAGCAGACACCUGCAUCAUCUUCGACUCGGACUGGAACCCGCAGAACGACUUGCAGGCCCAGGCGCGCUGCCAUCGUAUCGGUCAGAACAAGGCAGUGAAGGUGUACCGUCUGAUCACCAGGAACUCGUACGAGCGAGAAAUGUUCGAUCGCGCCAGCCUCAAGCUGGGCCUGGACAAAGCAGUGCUGCAGAGCAUGAGUGGCCGAGAUAACAGCCUGGGUGGAGGCGCCGGGGGAGGGGCAGCGCAGCAACAGCAGCAGCUGUCUAAGAAGGAGAUUGAGGAUCUUUUGCGACGCGGUGCAUACGGGGCCAUCAUGGAUGACGAGGAUGAAGGGGCCAAGUUCUGUGAGGAGGACAUCGAUCAGAUCCUCCAGCGCAGGACAAAGACCAUCACCAUCGAGUCUGAGGGACGAGGAUCCACUUUUGCCAAGGCCAGUUUUGUGGCGUCCGGAAACCGCACAGACAUCUCUCUGGAUGACCCCAACUUCUGGGACAAAUGGGCCCAAAAGGCUGACAUUGAUAUGGAUAUGGCAAACGGCAGAAACAGCUUGGUGAUCGACACUCCUCGUGUCAGAAAGCAGACCAGGCCGUUCAGUGCCACCAAGGAUGAGUUGGCAGAGCUUUCAGAGGGCAACAGCGACAGUGACGACACCAAACCCAAGCUCAGGCGAAACCAUGACCGCCUCAACAGCUAUGGACGCACAGAGUGCUUCAGAGUAGAGAAGAACCUGCUUGUUUAUGGGUGGGGUCGUUGGAAGGAUAUUCUCAAUCAUGGGCGUUUCAAGAAGCAGCUGACAGAGAGGGAUGUGGAGUCCAUUUGCAGGGCCCUGCUGUCUUACUGCCUGGUCCAUUACCGUGGAGAUGACAAAAUCAAAAGCUUCAUGUGGGACCUGAUCGCCCCUACUGAGGACGGACACACCAAGGAGCUGCAGAAUCACCUGGGUUUGUCUGCUCCAGUCCCUCGCGGCAGAAAGGGUAAGAAGAUGAAAACCCAGUCCAGCUCCUUUGACAUCCACAAAGCUGAGUGGCUGAGGAAACACAACCCAGAGCACAUGCUUCAGGACGACGGCUACAAGAAACACCUCAAACAUCACUGCAACAAGGUGCUGCUCAGGGUCAGAAUGCUCUACUACCUGAAACAAGAGGUGAUAGGAAGCCAGGCCCAGACGGUGCUCGACGGCGUGGACUCCAGUGAGAUAAAGAUCUGGGUGCCAGACCCUGACCAUUCGGAGCUGCCAGCAUUGUGGUGGGAUGCCAUCUGUGACAAGUGUCUGCUGCUGGGUGUCUAUAAGCAUGGUUAUGAGAAGUACAACACAGUCCGUGCAGACCCGACCCUGUGCUUCCUAGACCGUGUGGGACGUCCAGAUGAGAAAGCCAUCGCUGCCGAACAGAGAGGCAACGAUUUCAUGGAUGGGGAUGUGGAUGACCCCGAGUACAAGCCUGCUCCAGCUCUGCUGAAGGAUGAUAUGGAGGAUGAUGCCUCUUCUCCUGGAGACUUGGUUGUCACUGACAAUGCCGGAGACGCAGUUCCAGUGACUGGAGGUGAAACUUCCUACUGGCCAUCCCCCUCGGUGCUGACAGCCAGGCUGAGGCGACUGAUCACGGCCUCCCAGCGCUACACCAAGAGCCGGCAGAUCCUCCAGAUCCACCAGAUCCACCAGACUCAGACUCCGUCUCCGUCGACCAUGAUACUGUCUGCUCCACUGUGUCCGCUGCCCCCCUCACUCAACGACACCCUCAACCCCAAGAUGGUUGCUAAGAUUGAACGGCAGCAAAGAUGGACCAGGCGAGAAGAGGCUGACUUCUACCGUGUGGUCUCCACUUUUGGUGUUGUUUUCGACCCAAACCCUGGCCGGUUCGACUGGACCAAGUUCAGGGCCAUGGCUCGGCUGCACAAAAAGACUGACGAGAGCCUGCAGAAAUACCUGUGUGCUUUUACCUCCAUGUGCCGAAGGGUGUGUCGCCUGCCACCCAAAGAGGGAGACUCUGCGGUGGAUCUGUCUCUGACCAUCCAGCCCAUCACAGAGGAGCGAGCGUCUCGUACGCUGUACAGAGUAGAGUUGCUUCGCCAGGUGAGGGAACAGGUUCUUUGCCAUCAGUUACUCUAUGAGCGCCUGCCGUUGUGCCAGAUGAGCUCAGACCUGCCCGUCUGGUGGGAGGCUGGUAGCCAUGACCGUGACCUGCUGAUUGGAGCUGCCAAACACGGCGUCAGCCGCACAGAUUACCACAUUCUGAGAGACGCUGAGCUCAGCUUCAUGGCUGCCCAACGCAACUACAGCCAAACAAAAGCUACACAGCAGCAAUCGCGCACAUCCACCCCACUUCUACACCCUCAGUGCCAGCAGGCCCCCAGCUCAGUGUUGACAGCCUCUCCGCUGCCUCCACCUGCCCAGAGAGAGACAGAGCCCAGUGGGGUUGUACCCAAAGUGGAACCAGCCUCAGAGGGGGAGGAGGGCCGGGAGAAGCAGGGGGAGAGUUGGAGCCCUCCUCCAGCACCGGCUACUCCCACAGGUCUGGAGGAGAAGCCGUUGUCUGAAGCGAGAGAUAAAGAGAGGCAGAUGGUGGCGGCACGAACCAAACCGCUCACACCCAACUCCUCUGAGAGGAAGCCUAAGAAGGCCAAGAGGAGCCGCAGGGAGGCCAGGCGUGGCUCAGAGUCCGACUCAGGUGGCUCCUCCUCAAGCUCUUCAUCGCGCUCCUCUUCCUCCUCCUCAUCCUCCUCUUCUUCCUCGUCACAUUCCGGGUCCAGCUCCUCUUCCUCUUCAUCGUCUUGCUCCUCUGGCUCUUCAUCAUCAUCGUCCUCCUCAUCAUCGUCUGAUGACAGUGGAAGUGAGGGAGAGGAAGGGAAGAAGAAAGUGCCUGCAGCAACAAGUGUGAAGGGCUUCGAUGAGGACAGUGUGGCGUCUCUGAGCACUACGCAGGACGAAACCCAAGACACCCAUGCAGCGGAGAACGGCAUCACCAACAACUCGUCGCAUCCUUUCCAGGGAGGAGGAGGAUACAUGCUCGCUGCAUCCUACUGGCCAAAGGAUCGCGUGAUCAUCAACCGCCUGGACAGCAUCUGCCAGGCAGUGCUGAAGGGCAAGUGGCCUGGAACACGUCGGGUCUACGAGCCUGGAGGUGCAGUGGCCUCCUUCUACACCACCAAGCUGCUGGACAACGCCAACAGCCUGUGCGAGGACCCCUCUGCCUCACCACAGGGGUCAAAGGUGACCAAGCAUGUUGCAGAAAACAAGGAGUUCUCAGUAAAACUGAACGAUCAGGAGGGAAGUCUGAAGUUGACCUUCCAGAAACAAGGUCUACCUCUGAAGAGGCCCCUGGAGUCGGAGGAGGGCCCCCAGGCCCAGCAACAGUACCUGGCACGGCUUCACGAGCUGCAGAGCGCCUCGGACACCGGCCUGGCUGACAUCACCAAGCCUCAGUGCAGCUUCCAGACUGUGCCUCCAGAUCUUACUGGUCAGAUGAGGCUGAACGGAGUACUGGAUGGUCAGCCAGUGGUGAAGAGGCGGAGGGGAAGGAGGAAGAACGUGGAGGGGAUGGACCUGCUCUUCAUGAACAGGAGUAGAGUCCCUUCUGUUCCUGAUCAGGUGCCUCCAGGGUGGGGAGGUAUUGGCCAGGUGGGCAUGGCUGUGGCCCCUGUGCCGGGCUUCAGCCAGAGCUCUAAUCAGGUCCCCGCGGACACCGACAGCAGGGUCCCCGUCAUCAACCUCAAAGAUGGCACCAGGCUUGCUGGCGAUGAUGCUCCCAGGAGGAAAGAUCUUGAACAGUGGCUAAUGGAGCACCCUGGCUUUGUGGCAGACACAGGAGCUUUUAUCCCUGGUGUAAAUAAGAUGCAAAUGCAGUUCCACUUCCAGGACGGGCGGCCCAAGCAGAAGAGGCACCGCUGCAGGAACCCCAACAAGAUUGAUGUGAACAGUCUGACCGGAGAGGAAAGGGUUCAGAUCAUCAACAGGAGAAAUGCUCGCAAGGUUGGUGGAGCCUUUGCUCCUCCUCUGAAGGAGCUGUGCCGGUUCCUUCAGGAGAACCCCGAGUACGGAGUCCCACCUGAAUGGGCUGACGUGGUCAAACACUCGGGUUACCUUCCAGAGAGCAUGUUUGACAGAAUCCUAACGGGACCCAUCGUUCCUGAGGAGGUGAGCCGGCGUGGCCGUCGACCUAAGAAUCCUCUGGCCAAGGCAACGGCGGCAGCGGCAGCAGCUGCAGCAGCAGCACCCAACCAAGCGGUCUCCGCCCUGGGCCUGAACCCCCUGCUGGCCAACGGCCUCCUCUCUGGGAUGGACCUGACCAGCCUGCAGGCCUUCCAGCAAAACCUCCAGAGCUUACAGUCCCUGCAGCUCACCGCGGGCCUGAUGGGGCUGCCGUCUGACGCUAGCAACAUGGCUGCAAGUAACUUGGCUGCCAUGUUUCCCAUGAUGCUGUCUGGUAUGGCUGGAUUGCCAAACCUGCUGGGCAUGAGUAGCUUGCUUGGGAAGCCUGCUCAGGAGUGCACAGGAAGCUCUGAGGAGAAGACGAAAGAGCUGUCUGCCUCUAAGUUCCCCGCUCACACCUCGGACACCAAAGGAGAAAGGACAGAGGGGCCGAACACGACUCCUUCCUCCACUUCCAGCUCCUCUUCCUCUGCCACCGCCCCACAAAGUGCUUCAGCUGCCUCUGCAGCCUCCAGUCACCCACUGUCUCUUAACCCCUUGUUACUUUCCAGUAUGCUUUACCCAGGGAUGCUUCUCACUCCAGGCCUUAACCUUCCUGUGUCUGCCACACAGCCGCAGAGCUCAAACAGUGACCCCACCCUCCCUCCUGCUCGUCCUCCUCCGCCUGCGGUCUCGCAGUCAUCGGCGCAGGAGAUCGAGCGGCUGGUGGCAGAGAGGGACGGAGACGAGGAUGACGAGGCAUUAGACGACGAAGAGGACUCCGCAGAACAAAAGGAGAACAGUGGUCCUGAGGGUUCGGGGAAAGCCGAGUCGUCUUCAUCAGAGUCUGGGGGCUCUUCUUCAUCAGAUGAUUCAGACUCUAGUGAUUAGAACUGAACCCAUGAAUAUAUAAUUAUAAAUUUAUUUAUGUAUCGCCUAGAAAUGUAUACAUAUAUUCACAUAUAUAUGGAUUUUCCAGCACUUAUGUUACGAUUUCUUUACAUGUAAAUACAAGAACUAACUAAAAUGUUGUGUAAUAAAGACUACAAAAACCUUACAAAAACAGGAAAAACUGACUUAAAAAGAACUGAAAUAAAAUUUCAGUGUUUGUUCACAAGGUACAGUCUUGUUUUGAGACAUUUUGCAUGUCAGACUUUAGUAGAUUUCUGAACUCUGUGAACCACAAUUGUGUACAAUUACAACAAAAAAACGGCAUUAUUGUAAUUAUGUCAGGAUUUAAUUUUAUUAAAAAAGUGAAACUACAUCAA